CUGGAAUCAGCAUGCAGAUUUCAGGCCACAUGGAUGAAUGCCAACUUUUGCAUUUCCUCUGUGUAUCUUGUGACCAUUCUAUCUGGGAACAUCCUUCAAAGAGAUCAUCCAUCUUACUGAGGACACCUGACCUUUUGAAGCUUCAUAGUUCACAUCUAGAUGCCACCAGUUUUCCCCAUGUUAACAGUUCUGACUAUGUUUUAUUAUAUAUGCCUUCGGCGCCGAGCCAGGACAGCUGCACGAGGAGAAAUGAUGGACAGCCAUAGAACUCUAGCCCCAAACAGCCGGGCUUCCCCUCUCAAUGCGGAGCUGGUCCAGUAUGCCAAAGAAGUAGUAGAUUUCAGUUCUCACUAUGGAAGUGAGAAUAGUAUGUCCUACACCAUGUGGAAUCUGGCAGGGGUACCAAAUGUCUUCCCAAGUUCUGGUGACUUUACUCAGACAGCUGUGUUUCGAACGUAUGGAACGUGGUGGGAUCAGUGUCCUAGUGCUUCCUUGCCAUUCAAAAGGACACCUCCUAAUUUUCAGAGCCAGGACUACGUGGAACUUACUUUUGAACAACAGGUGUAUCCUACAGCUGUGCACGUUCUGGAAACCUAUCAUCCAGGAGCCGUGAUUAGAAUUCUGGCUUGUUCUGCCAAUCCCUAUUCCCCAAGUCCACCAGCUGAAGUAAGAUGGGAGAUUCUUUGGUCAGAGAGACCUACGAAGGUGAAUGCUUCCCAGGCUCGUCAGUUUAAGCCUUGUAUUAAGCAGAUAAAUUUCCCCACAAACCUUUUGCGGCUGGAAGUGAAUAGUUCUCUUCUGGAUUAUUACACUGAAUUAGAUGCAGUCGUGCUCCAUGGUAUGGAGGACAAGCCAGGGCUGUCUCCCAAGACUUCAAGCAUGGACAUGAAUGGUCUGGAAAAUGAUGAUGAUGAAGAAAAUGAUGAUUGUGGAAUGGAUACUCUUAACAAAAAGUUUAGCAGUGCUGCUCUCAGGGAAUGGCCAAAUAAUGGAUAUUUUGAUAAACUACCUUAUGAGCUCAUUCAGCUGAUUCUGAAUCAUCUUACGCUACCAGAUCUAUGCAGAUUAGCUCAGACUUGCAAACUCCUGAACCAGCACUGCUGUGAUCCUCUGCAGUACAUCCACCUCAAUCUACAACCGUACUGGGCAAAACUGAGUGAUACGUCUUUGGAAUUUCUACAGCCGCGCUGCACUCUUGUCCAGUGGCUUAAUUUGUCUUGGACGGGCAAUAGGGGCUUCAUCUCUGUUUCAGGAUUUAGCAGGUUCCUGAAAGUUUGUGGAUUUGAGUUAGUACGCCUUGAAUUAUCUUGCAGCCACUUUCUUAAUGAGACUUGCUUGGAGGUUAUAUCUGAGAUGUGUCCAAACCUACAAGACUUGAAUCUCUCAUCUUGUGACAAACUGCCACCUCAAGCUUUCAACCAUGUUGCCAAAUUGUGCAGCCUUAAACGACUUGUUCUCUAUCGCACAAAAGUAGAGCAAACAGCACUGCUCAGCAUUUUGAACUUCUGUUCAGAACUUCAGCACCUCAGUUUGGGUAGUUGCGUCAUGAUUGAAGACUAUGACGUGAUAGCUAGCAUGAUAGGAGCCAAGUGUAAAAAGCUCCGGACCCUGGAUCUGUGGCGAUGCAAGAAUAUCACCGAGAAUGGGAUCGCCGAGCUGGCUUCCGGCUGUCACCUUCUGGAGGAGCUGGACCUCGGCUGGUGCUCCACUCUGCAGAGCAGCACCGGGUGCUUCGCCAGACUGGCACACCAGCUGCCCAACUUGCGGAAACUCUUCCUCACAGCCAACAGGUCUGUGUGUGACACAGACAUUGAAGAGCUGGCAGGAAAUUGUACCAGAUUACAGCAACUGGACAUAUUAGGAACGAGAAUGGUCGGUCCAGCAUCUUUAAGAAAACUCCUGGGGUCCUGUAAAGACCUGUCCUUGCUCGAUGUGUCCUUCUGCUCACAGGUUGAUAAUAGGGCUGUGUUAGAACUGAAUGCUAGCUUUCCAAACGUGUUCAUUAAAAAAAGCUUUACUCAGUGAUUUAAUGUAACUUCUGUAAUAAAAUGGAUGUGCUUUUGUCGGGUUUUAUUUGGGGGGUGGUUUUGUUUUUUGCUUUGUAUAGUUUUAAUGGUUGGACUCAAGACAUUUGUAGAUUUUAAAGGAAAAUAUCAAACUGUCUAGGAAAUCAAGUAAAAUUGUAAACAAAUGCUUUAACAAUACAGCAAGCAUUUUUCCUCAAGAAAAUGUAAGUGGCUGAUAGUGUUUUUAUUGUGUAUUAACCAGUGGUAUUAAGUUCUAGUGAAUGAUUACAUGUUUAAUAAAAAAGUAAUAUGGAAACAUUUUAACUUAUUUUUAAAGGAACACUUGAAGCAAUAAAUUAUCGUGAUCUUUAUGCAAAAUAAAAUGAAAUUGAACCUCUCCAUGUAAAAAAAUACUGGAUGUUCCAUUUAGCCUUUUUACCUACCUGGCCAGAAAUUUGUUUGAUAUCUACACAAUUGUCAGAACUAGUUGGAGAAGAGACUUGCUUUUUAAACUGAUAUGGUUGUUGCAAGAUAUUUAUUCUUGUUUUUAAAUAGUGUGCAAUCAUAGAGUACAUCGUUAACAAUUACGAUAAAUACAUGUGAAACCAAGUAAAUUUGUGAUAGAAAAAAUAAAAAGUACUUUCAACAUGU